GACAUUUUGCUUCUUAUUUCUCGAAAGUAUUUGUGAUGAGCUAUAAAGUUAUUAGAUAUACGGCUUACUGUCUUUAUAAUCAUUUGAUAAACAUUGACAACAGUAAAGGGCAGCUAAGAAACCACCUGACCUAAGUUGAUAAUGUGACAAUAUUACAGAGUAAUGUGAUUUAAUGGGUGAUCGACAGCAAAUUAUACGAAGCGAAGAAAUGGCUACGACUAGUACGGCGGUGACAACGGUUCCCCCGCAAAUACAGGAGGAGGCCGUGGAGCGUGUGGCGGUGAUCACUCUGAAGCCCUCGCGCGCCGCCAACAGCAAGAAGGUGGUGUGGACCGAAGACACCGUCGACAAUGAACACAUGAACAAGAAAAAGUCCAAAUGUUGUUGUAUCUACGAGAAGCCGCGCCGCUGGGACGAGUCCGACUCGGAGAGCGACGACGAGUGUGAGCACUGCUUUGGCCACGUGGAGAGGAGGAGGAAACACCAACACGCUACCACCAGCGACACCACCACAACCACCACCACCACCACCACCACCGCCGCUGAAGAACAGAAUAACUUAGAGAAGACAGCAACCAUAACUCUGAAGCCCUCGCCGUCGCCCGCGCCCGCUCCUCCCGCCCCUCCCGACCACACCCCCGGGGACGGCUAGACAACACUGUUAUUGUAUUGACAACUACUGAUUCAAUUCAAUAUUAAACAACAGAAACCUUCUUAUGUGUUAUCCGACUUUACAUAGCGUGGUAUUAAAUAUGGCAAUAAUUUGUAUUAGUAAAUCAUUGUCUAUGGUUCGACGUCACAUUUAACUAGAUAUGUCUAUGGUCAUUAUAUUAGUUAUCAUAGCCUGGGAUUUAAAAAUAUAUAUAUAGUGCUACAUUUUGCAAAAUGUCAUACAAUGUAUUAUUAAGGUUAAAUUAUUGUAAUAAAUAUGAAGUAAUUAUAGCAUUCCUCUAACACCAAAUGUAAGUCCUUACGUCUUUAGGUCUAAGGCUUAAAAGGUUCAGACUAUUUUGACAGUUGAACUGUCAGUGAGAAAAAAUUAAAAUGUCAAAAAAAGUUCUUGAUUAAAUAUUUUCAUAUAUUCUAAAUAACCGGGGGAUAUGAAUGGACUCUGAUGUGCCUGUAAUGAUUAAGAGUUUUAUUUUGUGUUGUGGAAUUCCAGUAUUCGAAGUCACAUUAUUUACUUGUUCAAUGUACCAACGGCUCGUGUAUGGCUACUGUUAAUGUUAAGUCAAAUAAAUUUUAAACUAAA